GCCAGGCGCCCUGCGGAAGCGGCGAUGCUGCCGGCAGGGCGCUGGUGGUGCCAUGGGUGGCCGGGGCGGGUAGGGUGCGUGUCCCCUCCCCACUGUCACCCUACGGCCCUGCCCAGCGGUGGCAGCUGACGCAGCCGGACUUUGAGCCGUUUAUCAGCUGGCAGAAGUGCUGCCCACAAGGCGGGGGGGGGGAGCUACACCCAGCUGCUCCCCACUGUGGCACCCCCCCGCCAGGGGCACCCGCCACUGGGUGCAGCCCCCCCAAGCCCCUUGGACCCCAUGGGUGCUGCCCCGCUGGCUACCGGCCCCGGCGCGGUGUGGGGACGGAGGUGCCAAGGUGGCCCCCCCCGCCCCUGGCGCUCCAGGGGUGCACGAAAGGCCCCUUUGUGCCCCCCCUCGAGGGCAGGGCCAGGGCGUGGUGACAGGAUGGUGGCACGUGGCAGCUCCCUGCCCCCCCCUCCCCGCCCCACCAUGGCACUCGGCGUCACCAGAGUGCCGGCACCCUUCACCCGGCCCCACGUUAAUGAUCCACCCAUCCGCGCCGCUGCUGCCGCCAGCCCCCAGCAACCACCCCAGUGAGCCGUGCGUGGUGGCGGUGGCGGUGGCAGCAGAGCCGGGGGUCCUCGGCACGGGUGGCUCGGGGGGGCUGGCGGCUCCCUGCCCCGCGCCCCACCCCUGCAUCACGGCACCCAGAUAAGAGUGGCUGCCGGCAGCACCCAUUUCCCAGCGUGCGGCGUGGGUGGAAGAGCCGGCCGGGACCAUGUCUGUGGUGACAGUGAACCUCCGCGCUGUGACCUCCUGGGUGGGCAUCACCCGGCUCUUUGCCGUCGUGUUGUCCUGCGUCGCCUUCAGCUUGGUGGCCUCCACGGAGGACUUCGGGAAUACCUAUGGGACGUGGUGCAUGUUCACCUGGUGCUUCUGCUUCACCGUGACGCUGCUGGUGCUGGUGCUGGAGCUGCUGGAGCUCUACCCCAAGCUGCCGCUCUCCUGGGAUGACUUCACCUCAGCUUUCUCCAUGCUGGCAGCGUUGAUGGUCUUCACCGCCUCGGUGGUCUUCCCCUCCAUCUUCAUCAGCAGCCCCUGCAGCGGCAGCAAGUGUGCCCGGCAGGCCGUGGCCACCACCGUCUCCUGCCUCUGCUUCCUUGCCUACGCCCUAGAGGUGGGGCUCACCCGUGCCAAGCCGGGGGACAUCAGCAGCUUCCUCUCCACCGUGCCUGGGCUCCUCAAGGUCUUUGAAGCCUACGUGGCUUGUCUCAUCUUCUCCUUGCUGGAUAUCUACGGUUUGGAAGCCAGUUUGCAGUGGUGCGUGGCUGUCUACUCUAUCUGCUUCAUCAUCACCCUCCUUAUCAUCAUCUUCACCAUUGGCCGGUGCCUCUCCUACAUGUCCUGCCCGCUGGAGAAGAUGCUGGUGGGCUACAACGCCCUGGCCCUGGUGAUGUACAUCACUGCCACCAUCCUCUGGCCCUUCCGCAAAUUCACUGGCCGGGUUCGCCCCAGCAACUGCGGCAGGGGCUGCUCGUGGGACAAGGACCUGGGGGUCACCUUCCUCACCAUCUUCAACCUCAUCGCUUACUUGGUGGACCUGAUCUACUCCACCAGGAUGGUCUUCAUCAGGGCACGUUCCUAAGGGCUCUGGGUGGCCCUGGUGGGGCGAGGGGUGGUGGGACACAGCUGGGGGCCAGUGCCGAUGCUGGCGUGGGGCUGCUGGUGGAGCUGAGGAAGAGGCCGGACGCCUCGGAAAGCUCCUUCUCUCCGUGCCGGAGCAGAGAGCCAUGGGGUGCUACCGGGGGUGUGCUCGGCCCGGUGCCCCACGGCCUGCCCGGCAAGGGGGACCAGGGUGCCCCUGAAACCCUGGAGCUGGUGGGGGGGCUUUGGGAUUAAACUGGGUCAUUUU